AUGGCAAAUCCUACUGACCAAGUAUCGAAGCAAGAUUUUGAGGCACUCAAAGUUGUUCUGAUGCACUUGGACAGGAAGCUCAUCACACUCAAUUCCAUCAACAAGACGAUUGAAGCUAUCACUCCACAUUCUUCACUAGUAAAUGAAAUAGAAGAAACUGAAGAGAAAACAGCAAACUGGCAAACAGCAAUCUAUCAAAUAUCAAGUUUCAUCGGUGAAGUCGAAAGGCAUAUAGCACCAGCUCCACUUCUUUCGCAACCUCAGCCAUCGCAGAGCGUUCAAUCUAAGCAGGUACAACUACCUAAACUCGAAUUGCCUACAUUUUCUGGUAAAUAUGUGGAAUGGUCUUUGUUCUACGAUCUCUUCACAGCGUCUAUUGACAAGAAUAAUUCUCUCAGUGAUGCGCAGAAACUAAACUACCUCAAAGCAGCCCUCAAAGAUGAACCUGCCAGAAUCAUAGCUUCUUUGUCAAUCAACGACGCAAACUACGCCAUUCCUAAACAACAGCUCAUAAAACGAUACGACAACAGACGCUCAGUAAUCAAUGCUCAUAUUCAGGAGUUUCUUGCAUUUUCGGUAUUGAAAAGCGAAAAUGUCAGUACCCUGAGGAAACUACAGUCGAAGAUUGUGGAGCAUCUGUCAGCCCUUCAAUCUCAUAAAGUGGAUACUAGUGCGUACAUCUACGUAUAUCUCAUUCUAGAGAAAUUGGACCCGGAAACAAGAAGACAAUGGGAGCUUCAGAAUCCUGGUCCACAACUACAAGAUUUGGAUGAUGUACUCCAGUUCAUUGAUCAACGAGCACGAUCCUUAGAAGCUUCACCUCAUGCUUCUAUACAGCCUAGCAGCCUCAAAGCAAUUACACUCCAAUCAGAACAAAAACAACCAUUCCAAUAUCUACCAUUCAACUACAGACAGUUGUCUUUGCUGUAA